GCAGAGGCGCGCGCGGGCCUGGUGAAUGAAAUGGGGUAGGUAGAAGGGUCGUGACGUCACUCGGGGCGCACUUAAAGCACGGCGUGCGGGCUGAGAGGUCUCAUUACGGGCCGCACCACGACCUAGCAAGAUGCCCAGGUGGAUAUCUUUGGGACAGCUGGUGGUGCUUCUGGCAACAUCUUGCUGCCAAGCAUCCCUGCCCGAUAAUGAGCAGCAGCCUCCAGCGUUGUGGGCCCGUAACAGCAGUCCCUACUGGCAGGCCCUGGUGCAGAACUUCAGGGAGGCUGAGAUGGCCAAAAGAGCGCCGUCAGACUUUUCCUUCUUUGGCAUGAGGGGCAAGAAGACGCCAAAGAACCUCAACUUUUUUGGCAUGAGAGGCAAGAAAGACGAUUACGAGAUGUCUGACGACUGGUAUGACACUUUCGACCCUGCUCUGGAAAAAAGGGCACCAGCAGCGGGUUUCUUCGGCAUGAGAGGGAAGAAGAGACCAGCGGGAUUCUUUGGCAUGCGAGGAAAAAAGGGCCCUGCUGUGAGCAAUUUCUUCGGAGUCAGAGGCAAAAAGAGUGACCCGGAAGAACUGGACAACCUGCUUCAGGCACUACUUUCUAAAGAAAGCCCGUCAUAUGUAGGGGGUGAAGUUGCAAGUCCCUACAUGGACUUUGAGGGCGGACAGAUGCAGAAAAAGGCGCCGAGCGGCUUCAUGGGGAUGCGUGGCAAAAAGGAUCAGGGCUGGUCCGAGACCAUCACUGGAUCACCUGCUCGAGAUGUGGUCGAGAAGGCAGAUGAACUUGGAAGGGUUUCGGACUAACGCCAACCAGCACCCAAGCGCCAGAAAACCCCUGCUUUCAACUAGCGACCGAAUCAACAACCCACACUUGCAACGGUCGACAACUUUGACCCGAACCCCUCAUGGCAAUACUUCUACUACAACCAUUACCUAAUCAUGAAAAUUUCGCUGACUCUUACGGAAAAAAAACUUGUGUGUUCUUGGUUGCUUUAAACCUUCUGCUGUGUCUACCGCGCAGCUCGGUAGAGCAGUCGCGUUUGAGCUAUCAAGAGUAGAAAAACCUGGACUGACUCUCGCAGCGCUCAGUCGUCAGUUUGCCAUGAUCACUCCGCUUCAACUCGUUUUGUUGCAUUUUGAGGCUGGACCUUUGAAAUUAGUUUGUAUAAAAAUAUAUAUCAAAUGGACGCAGUCUUCGUGGCAAACUGACUAGCUAUAUUCAGAAAAUCGUUGUGCUGUGAGCGAAAUAAGAACGAAAAUCGCCAGUUGGUUGACCCCCGUAUUUUCAAAAGAAAAAAGAGGCAGCAGAUUAAGCAAACAUUUAAUUAUAUAUAAAUUCUUCGUUUCUGAUUAAUGAAUUUGUAAAAUUAUUAUUUUCUAGAUAUCCAAAAUAGUAUAGUGAUGAAUUAAAAAAAAAACAAGCAAUCCAAUUAAUUACUAAUUUCUGCUCUCAUAAAUUACGUAAAUAACAAAAUAAAGCAUACACCUUUUAAAUAAAUUUGAGCCGAUAAAACAGGUAGCGUUCAACAGAUAAUUUGAUGAAAUGUACUUUUUAAUAUUUCAACUAAUUAACUUAAUAAGCCUGACGCGUCAACUAAAUGCGAGCAAUUUUUAGACAGAGGAGAGGAGUUCUAACUAUGUUAUCCGAAAUUUGAAAUUUAAAUAAAUGAGCAAACAUAA